CGUGGAGGGUGGUUUGGCAGGAUUGGGGGAUGAUGAUGAGGAGGAGGGUGUAGACACUGGUGCACACAAGGAGUCGGGGGAAAUACCUUUCCACACAAGGACACAAGAAGGUGCGAAAGGAGCAUUGGUUUUUGAGGCGCCUCAAAAAGAGGGAGACACUGGUGCUCAGAAGGAGAGGGGGGAAAUACGCACAGGAGAAGGUGCGAAAAGAGCAACGGACGCGCGAGAGAUGUGCGAGGCAAGGCUGGGAGAGGGACGAAAAUGCAGCAGCAGGCGGGGUUUGCUUUGACAACGGGCGUGAAUGAGUCAAGAAAGGGCCAGGUCAUGGUGCUGCAAAGGGAGCAUCCAAUAGGUGCAAGGGAGCUGGGUCAAGGAGCAUUGCCUGAUGUGGGGGGGUUGAAUGCUGGGCAAAAAAGGAGAGCGACGAGCUGUGAUGUUGAGAAUGGACGGAAGAUCGAGUGCUUGAAAGUGUCGCACAAGCGUCCGAUUACCGGCAAACGGAUUGCUGAUUCUGGAAUAGCCAAGAGGCAAGAUGUCAGUGGGAGGGCCAGUUUGGAGGCAAGCAUGGCGGCUGGUGAUUGUGAGGAAGUGGUCUUCGAUGCUCCAAGAGUUGCUGCUGAGGCAACUCAAGAGGAUGUGGCUAACUACACUAUUGCUGGGAAGAUUCGAGAAGAACGAGGUUUUGAUGGGCUUAUGAAGAUGUGGAGUCAUAUUGCAAAAGUAUCAAGAGGAUCUCCCCUUUGAAAUAAAGCUUUGGGCUCUUUGUCGUAUAGAUGGUAAAUUAUUGGAAC